AUGCGGCGGCUCGUCGUCGGCGGGGAUGCGGCCCGUGGGCCCUGCGGCGUCGGGAAAGAGGGGGAGCCCUCCGGUGUGGAGGCCGCCGUGCUGCGGAUCUUCCUGACGGUGGCGAUCUUCUUCGCCGUGAGCCUGCUUCUCGAGCACUUCGCGGAGGAGAGGGUGAGCACCAGCUCGCGAUGGCUGAUGGACAAGGUCGGCCUCUGGGGCCUCUUCCUGGCCGUGCUUCUGGCCGACGGCCUGCCGCAACCGUUCACCUACGUGCCCCUGAUCUUCCUGGCCGUCAAGGGCUCUGCAGAGAAGGCCGCCGUGUUCGCCGUCUGCGCCGCCGCCUCCUACGUGGCCGCCGUGGCCGGCUACCUGAUAGGGGCGAACAUGCGGUCCUGCCCAUGCGGAGGGCGCUUCUUCCGCAUGCUGGAGAAGGACUACCCGGCCGUGGGGCCCCUCAUGGAGAAGAAGGGCGCGCUGGGCGUGGCCGUGUGCGCGGUGCUGCCGGUGCCGCUGGCGGCCGCCACUUGGACGGCGGGCGCCUUCGAGGUGCGGCUUCUUCCCUCGUCGUCCUCCCGCCUGCCGCCUCCUAUCGCGGUCUUCGUGCUCCUCAGCCGCGGGCCGCAGCAGCAGUGA